AUAAAUUUUAUAAGUUUUACUAUUUGGUAAAAACAUCUAAUUUAUGGAGAAUAAAAAUAAUCAAAAUACGCCUGCGCCUAUCACUUUCCAAAAGACAAACUUGACAAACAGUUUGUUGUCAAAAAUUUGAAUUUUUGAGGUUAUAUUGAUGCGAAUUAAAUUUACAUUGCAAAUAAAUACAGAUAAAGAAACAAAUAUAAGAAAAUAUAAACAAUUAGAAAACAAUUUGUGUUAUGUUAAUUGGUUUUUAGUAUACUAUAUUUUGAAAUGGAUGCUUUAUUUUGAAUUUACACCUAAUACUAUUUGGAAAAAACAAUAAUGGAUCAACAGAGUACUUCAAAACCGCCUUUUUCAAAAGGCGUCCAAGUUGCAAGUUUGGUUGUGGAGUCCAAGCCGUAUCCCCUAUUUAAAGGAGUUAAUACUAUUGGCAGAAACAGGACAGCUGUUGUUAAUAUUAAACAUUUGACUGUAAGCCAGCAUCAAGCUGUUAUCGUGGCCAUAGAUGAAACACAGAUGUACAUCAGUGACAUGAAUUCUUCUAAUAGUACAUUUAUUCACAACUCGAAAAUGAUUCCUCUACAGUUAUAUAAGUUAGCCAACAAUGAUGACAUUAAAUUUGGUGAACUUAAUGCCAUUUUUUCAAAUAUUGUAGUCACAGACCCAACCCAAAAUGAUGCUGCUGAGGCCAGUCAACUUUCACAGACACAAAAUUUUUAUUCUUCAGAUACACAAGUCCUAGUCAACCCUACGGACAUUACUAGUACCGGUGUAAAUAAUGACCAAACAGUUAGCGAUAUUAACAUUCACGAAAUGGCAACCCAAGUUGUAGAAUUUCAUCCGCCACCCGUUCCAAAACCUAAGAAAUUUCAUUUUAAAAAAGUAGUUCAGACUCAAGUUAAAGAUCAAGAAAAUCACGUGGUUCAAAUUCCAGGUAACGAGGUGGCUAAAAAUGAACCAGUUCAAAAUGUAAUUAUAGAAACUGUAUAUGGCAUUCAUGAUCUUCCAACGCAAGUACUCAACAUUCAUGAUCUUCCAACGCAAGUACAGAGUUUUGUUCCGACAUGCAGUAAAGAGGAAGACAAUAUCCAUGAAAUGGCCACUCAAGUUUUUAAUCAUUCCAUACAACCUGACGAAAAUCCAAUAGAAAAACUACUUCCUGAUAAUGAGAAGAAUGAGGAAACUGAUAGCACAUCAGAUUCCAAUACACAAAUAAUGACUCAGGAAGAGAUGGAGGCUAUUUCUAAGAAAUUGAACGAUACAACUGUUCCUGUGUCACUUGUAACACCAACUGAUACUCAAGAGUUACUAAACAGUAUUCAGGAAAGUAUUCGAGAACAUAAAAUUUUAAAGGAUCGAGAAGAUAAAAUUUUUGAUAAAUUGAACACUAAAUUUGCAAGUAAAACCAUUCAUGACAGUCAAGAGCCUUCAACGUCAGGUGUGCAAAACAAUUGUAACGAAUAUGAUGAUUCUUUUGCUAGUUCAAUAGAUAGUACUAAAGCAGAAGACUUCGCUAUAGAAGAAACAUUUUUAGAUAGUUUUCAAAAUAAUGAUUCAAUGGACUUUUUAAUUGCAGAAGCUGAAAACCUUGAAUCACAGCCUACAUCACAAUUAUUAAAAAGUAAAAAUAGUCAAAAUGAACUGGACGAAAACAUAUCUGCUCAUAAGUCACCAGAAAGAGAUCCAGAAAUUAAUUGUAAAGCUACAGAUAAAGCUCUAGAGCAAGGUGGACAAGGAAAAGAUGAUAGUUCAGACUCAGAUACUGACUGUGAAGAUGCGCUUUUAGAAGACUUGUCACUAAGGUUAAGUGCGAAUAAUAGUCAUGAGGCAACAUCAACAGAUCCACAGAUGAAAUCUACGGAUCCACAGAUUAAAUCUACAGAUCCACAGAUCAAAUCUAAUAAAGAUUUUGAUGAUUUGGAUGAUUCUGACUGUAUACCAGCCACUCAAGAUUUCUUCGCGAAAGAAUUAGACUACAAACCGUUGAAAUCCUCACAGACGAGCAAUGUACAAUCUUCUGAAGAGAGUUUUAAGUUGGGAUUAACGGAGCUUAUGGAGUUUCCAGAAUUAGAUGAUCUUGACAAUGCAAAGAAGCCCAAAUCCCAAGAAAAAAGAAGUAGUUUGGACAAACAGGGAGUAGAGGAUUGUAAAAAUAUAGAUAGUGCACAAAAAUCAGAUACAACUACAAUAAAUGAUGCGGAUCCAAAGAUAUUGGACACUUUAGAUGCCUGUUUUGAGGCCACGCAAGAAAACGAUGACGUUUUUCUUGCAUCCACUCAACUGGUGCCAUUAAACGAACCUAGUGAAAGAAAACAGCCUACAAAAGAAGAUGUAUAUUCCCUGCCAACCCAAAAACUAAACGAUGAUGUUUAUUUAGAACCAACCCAACAGAUCGAUGAUGUUUUUCGUCAACCUACUCAACCGGUGUCGCCAAAGAAGGUUGUUGAUAGAAAAAAGCCUGCUGAAGAAGAUAUAUAUUGCCAAGCAACGCAAAAAUUGGAUGACGAUGUGUAUAUAGAACCAACUCAACAGAUUGAUGAUGUUUUCCUUCAACCCACUCAACCAGUGGCAUCAGGUAAGGUUAAAGAUAAAAAAGAGCCUACUAAAGAAGCAACGCAAAAAGUGGACGAGGAUGUUUACUUAGAACCCACUCAACAAAUUGAUGAUACAUUCCUUCAGCCCACGCAAUUACUCGAACCUACUGAUAGAAAAAAACCAACGAAAGAUUUGUAUUCCCAACCUACUCAAAAACUAGAUGAAGAUGGGUUUGUUCAACCUUUUAAUAUUAGAAAACAGCCAGUGUCAAAAAAUGUUACCACAGAUAGUGAAGAUGUGUUUCUUAUACCCACACAACCUCUGGACGUUGAGGAUAAACCUGAAAAAUCGAAAUCCUUUACAGGAGAUGAGAGUUUUAAGUCAAAAGGAAAUACUUCGCUAAAACUGGAUGAAGAUCCGUACAUACAAGCAACUCAACCUAUUGAAGAGCUAGCAACACCCAAUAAAUCCAGACCGAAAAUUGGAGAUACGCAUAUGAGUCAAAAUGAUAUCACGGAAUCGCAAUUAGAAAUGGAAAAUUAUGGUACCUUCGAACCAAAUAGUUCGAUUCGAAGGGAUAGACCUGGAAAUCCGAUUUUAUGCGAACUGGACAACAAAAAUUCCGAUAAUAAAGACGAUUCCGACGAUGAUAAUACUUGUAUCGAAUCGAUGAGUCAAAUAGAAGCUUAUAUAGGUGGUUCGCGGGUCGUACCUCCAGAUAACAUAAAAAAAGAAACGAUUUCACCCAAAGUUAAAGGUAAUACGUCCCUAAAUAUUAGUAUCGAGACUUUGAGCCAAAUAGAAGCGUUUAUUAAGAAACCUUUGCCACCGAGGAUGUCCGAUAGAGGUUAUCAAACGAAAAAGAAAACGGAAAAAGAGAAUGAAGAUGGACCUGAAACUCUGAGCCAGAUUACGUCGUUUAUUGCCAAGCCACAAGGCAUAAAGAUAAAAGAAGAGAAAAGACUGAGUCAUAUGAAUUCAUCAAACAAUAUUACCAAAAGUCGGAUCACCGGCGUUCAUAAUGAAUUAUCAUUUAAUUCAACACUGAACGAAAGAAAUCUGUUAAGUGAUGUAGACCAGAGUUUUGCAUUGCUAGAGUCUAAAAGCUCUAGGGUUAAAAGGAAACCGACCUUGGGUCCAGUUUAUGAAGAUGUCAAAGUAAAUGUUACAUUGCAUCGAAGAAGCAUGCAAGUUGAAGAGAAUAAUGAUGAUACGUUCAUUGUGCCAACUAAGAAGCAACGAACGGGCAACGACCGUAACACAUUACGUAUCUCAGAAAUCGAAUUACCAACAAAAAAGUCGCAAUCUAAAAGGUCAAAAGUACCUUCACCAAUUCCAGAAACCAAAUCGGAUACGAAGUCAUCGAAUAAAGAAACGAAAACAAAGACCAGCAGUACAAAAACUUCCUCAAAAUCCUCAAAAGAUAACGAUUAUUUACCUAAAGAUAAUAAAGUACAAAAAGAUGCCGAAGAAGUUAAAAACAGUCCGGAAAAAAUAAGAAGAACUACUAGAACCACUGCCGGCAAGACCACGAAGAAGUCGAGUAUAGCAAGUGGAUAUAGUAAAUCAUCCAAAAGUAAGGAGUCCACCGAAAAUAAACCUUCAACUUCAGAAGACAUUAAAUCUGCAGAAAAACGAGCACCGAAAGCUAGAGGAAGGACAAAAAAUAAAGAAACAGAACCAACAGCUCCAAAGAGCAAAAGGCAAAAGUGAAUUAAGUUAUUUAUGCAUUAUAUUAUUUAUAUGUAAUUAAUACAGAUACUUAUAUUUUUAAUAAAAAUGGGAAAAAACGUACUUGGAGGGAUUUCGAAUAUUGGCGAAUAUGCCUGAAGUUAUCAUGAGUUGAAUUGAUAAUGAUGAAUAAAUACCAUGUCAUUUUUGUGUAUAUAUAGAUAUAGGUAUUCUUUUUCUCAUGAGCAUCUUUCAGUGCGUCACAGUUUUUCGAUUUCUUUCUAACGUAUGUGACAGAAAAAAAGGCACUUUUGUGAUUAGAGACAUGUAUAACAUUUAUUCUAGUUGUCGGUAGAUGGCGCUAUAAUCGAAAAAAAGUUAUUUACGAAUUAUAUAAUAUAUCUACGAAUAUAAUCUGUACAAUUUAUAAGACUAUACAAAUCAAAGAAAGUAUCAUUUUAUAAAUGCAAUAAACACACUUGAUUUGUUUUAUGCCAAAUUGCAAAUAAAAUGUGACAACUGUCAGAUUUAACUAAAAUGUCAUGUUAGAAUAAAUGUUAUAAAUGUGUAUUAUCACGGACUUACCUUUUUUCUAUCAUUUGUGACGCACUGAAAAAUGCUCAUGAAAAGAACAAUAUUGGGAGUUAAUAUUUUAUUAAAAUGUAUCGCAUUCUUUAAUUUUAAACGAGCUCUGUAGAGAGCAUAAUUUUGUUGACCAAAAUGAUGUUAAAUGAAUAAAUGUAUGUUCUUCCU